AUGAGCACAAGACGCGCUCACGAGACCCCCAUAGCCGCGUCGUCGGCAGCAUCGACUGUUUCGUCUGCAACGUCGUCGAAGCGCCCAACGCCGCAGCUGAGCAGCUUUGCGAUUCGCCUGCGUGGGAGCAAAGGAUCCUCUUGUCCAGCUCAGAAGACUCCUGUGAGCGACUUGUGCGUACCGUCGAUGAGACUACACGACAGCAACGCCGUCGGCUACACUCAGCAGGCAGCCGGUGACAUCUAUGCGGCAUCGUCGCUAGGAUCAGCAUCGACGGCCAUGACACAAUUGAAAACGUCGCUGUCGCAGAUGCAGCGGCUCGUGCGACUGCAACAGGAGCAGCUCUCGGCUCUUCUACGAGGCCACGGGGACUUGCAGCGGCAGGUCACCGUUCAACAUGGCGCCUACAACGAAAUAGUGCAGCGCUCGAUGAGCCAAGGUGCGGAAAUGGAGGCUGCGCUUCAGCAGCACACCGCUCAGUGGCGGCGAGAGCAGGCCGCAAUGCAGGAGAGUAUCGCCGCUCUCUGGGAUAUCGUGUCCGAUAUACAUCAGCGCCUGCACAACGACGCCCGAUUGCCGGCUAAGAUACUAGCGGCAUCACAGCAGGCUGAGGAGAGUGCCUACUACUCUGAUAUUGCCUCCUUUAUUCAGCCGGAUGUCGCGACUCCUUCGUCGGUACCCGCAUCGUUGCUUGCGCGCAAGGAUGGUGCGCUCCUUCGUGCGCAAGCAUCUGUCUCGGCUUUUGCGAACGGAUCCACGCGCCCGUCUGCGCCUUCGUCUGCCUGCGCCAUGAGCUUUACCCCUGCGGCGGCAGGGCCGUCAGCGACAGCUGCUCGCGGUCCUCCCUAUACGAUGGAUAUGCAGCAGCAGCAACGUGAGUCCAUGGAGGACCGAGUGGUGGCAAUGCUGCACAAGAAGCCCACUGUGGUCGUGCGCCACUCGGCAUGGAGGCAGCAGUGA